AUGGCGUGCUUGGUCCAAGCGGCUCCUGAAGAAGACCUUCCUGAGCUCCUCCAAGGACUGCUGCAGAACAAGAGUGCCAGGAAGGAUGCCUUCGCCUCCCUCGAUGAGAUUCAUCGGCGCCUACGCGAAAGACGAGAACUCCGGCUCACCCGUGAGGAGCUGGAAACCUACCGACACUGCGCGCCGAUUGUUGGCAGCAAAGACUGGUCCAAAGAGACGGUGUCAUGGAUUCUGAAUGAGCUGCGCUCGGAAGGCAUGCCGGAGUGGACAGAACUGUGUCUGCUGGACGUGGGCAGCAGCUACGGUGCCUUUUUUGGGCAUGGGUUCAACGUCGUUGCGCUGGACCUUGCGCCCGCGCACCCAGAGGUCCUGGAGGGUGACUUCCUCCAGGUGGAAGUCGCGGAGGCCAAAGAGCUUCGGAAACUGGACGGCGCUGGCCGCCUACUCUCACUGAAGGCUGGCGGCUUCGAUGCCGUCGUGAUGAGCCUGGUUCUCUCUUUUUUGCCAACGCCCGCCUUGCGCCGGGAGAUGCUGGACAGGGCUCGUCGAUGUCUCCGCACUGGGGGAGCGCUCCUGCUGGUUGAGAAGACGUCGCUAGCACCCACCGACCGAACGGGCACCUCGCAAAGGCAGCGCUUUGAGGAGGCACUCUUGGCGGCUGGUUUCCAGAGCAGAAGAUACGCGGCUGUGGGACGCCUCGAAGGGGACCGGCGUCCCCACGCACACGCCUGGCACUUGAAGCGAACGGAAGGCCCGGUACUUCCAGAGCCGCUUCCACGAUUCAAGGAG